AUGAGUGGCAGUAAAAUUGAUUUGGGUUCCAGCAUCACUGCAGGAGCCAGUUCUUCAUGGCAAUCACCCUCAGGUGAUUUUGCUUUUGGAUUCUACCCUCUUGUCACAGGCUUGUACCUUGUUGGCAUUUGGUUUGAUAAGAUCCCGGAGAAAACUUUGGUUUGGUCAGCAAAUCGCGAGGAUCCAGCCCAUAAAGGAUCCGCCAUCAAAUUAUCGCUCACCGGCCAACUUGAACUUACACACUCAAAUGGGACUCAUUUUUUCGUACACAGUGGCACGUCCGUCAAUUCGGCUUCAAUGCAAGAUGAUGGGAAUUUCGUCUUGCUAAACCGUUCCAGUGGAAUCCUCUGGCAGAGUUUUGAUUCCCCUACAGACACUAUUUUAUUAGGUCAACGUUUGACUAUGGGCCAGAAGCUCUACUCCAAUGCCAACGGCUCAGUUGACUACUCGAUUGGCCAAUACAUGUUGGAGCUUCAGCAGAUGGACGGCAAUCUUGUGCUAUCCGCCUUUCGGUUUGCUGAUCCGGGUUAUUGGUACACUGGUGCAACUAAUGUCAACAUAAGCCUAGUUUUCAACCAGAGCACUGCUUUCAUGUAUCUUAUUGUUGAGAAUAACGCUUCAAUCUCAUACAAUAUGACGAAAAGUACUUCAGUGCGCACACCUAUUGAAAAUUACUACCACCGAGCAACUAUCAAUGACCAUGGAAAUUUCCAACAGUUGGCUAGGCUUAAAGGAAAUAACAACCAAUGGCAAGUUGUGUGGCAGGCCAUUACGGAGCCUUGCACUGUGAAUACUAUUUGUGGGGUGUAUGGCUAUUGCCAGGUGCUUGAUAAUGUAACAAUCACCUGCAAUUGCUUGCCUGGUUAUUCACCGUGGGAUCCAUACGUUCCCUCCAAAGGGUGCUAUCCAGAAGUAGUGAUUGAUUUUUGUGCGGCAAAUUCUUCGACUUCAGAUUUCACAAUCAAAACAAUGGAGGAUACAGAUCUCACAAACGACAUGUAUGCAGAUUUGGCGAGAAUAAACACAGACGAGGAUGGGUGCAAGAAGGCUGUGAUGGAUGACUGUUUCUGCAUGGCUGGUGUUUUUAAUCCCUCUGGCUCUGGCUCUGACCAAAAUUUUUGUCUCAAGAAGAGGAUGCCUUUGUUGAAUGGUAGAAAAAGCAACCCUGCCACUAAAAAUUUUAUCGCAUUUUUGAAAGUCCCUGUGGUGAAUAACAGUGCACAAGUUCCUCCUAAGAAGAGAAAGGAUUCUCCAUCCUCUGUUGUUCUACUGGCAAGCCUUUUAUUGUGCUUGAUACUCGCUCUACUCUUUGCAGCCAUUGCCAUUUAUCAUCAUCCUCUGUUUCAACGUUACAUGCAUGUCCAGCCGCCUCCAAAACCCAAGGCAGUGGAGAUAAACCUGAAGGCAUUUUCAUUCCAAGAGUUGCGAGAAGCGACGAAUGGAUUCAAGAAUAAACUAGGCGAAGGAGCAUUUGGUGCUGUCUACAGCGGAUUCCUAACCAUGGAAGAUGAAGAGGUUGUUGAGGUAGCUGUUAAACAGUUGGAGAAGAUGAUUGAACAAGGUGAGAAGGAAUUCAUUACAGAAGUCCAAGUAAUUGGUUUAACUCAUCACAAGAAUCUUGUGCGGUUGUUGGGUUUUUGUAACGAGGAUAAUCACCGCCUUCUGGUUUAUGAGCUAAUGAAGAAUGGGAGUCUAUCGAGUUUCCUGUUCGGGGAAAUUCGACCCAGCUGGGAACGCAGAGCUGAAAUAGUUCUCGGAAUCGCAAGAGGGUUGUUGUAUUUGCAUGAAGAGUGCGAUACCCAGAUCAUCCACUGCGACAUAAAGCCGCAGAAUGUUCUUCUCGACAACAAUUACACUGCUAAGAUAUCAGAUUUUGGCCUGGCAAAGCUACUAAUGAAUGACCGAUCUCGAACAAGCACCAAUGUAAGAGGAACGAUGGGAUAUAUGGCACCCGAAUGGCUCAAGAAUGCACCUGUGACGACCAAGGUGGAUGUUUACAGCUUUGGGGUUCUUUUACUUGAGAUUAUCUUCUGCAGAAGGCAGAUAGAAAUGCGUUCAACUGAUGAAGACAGAGAGGGCGAGUAUGUGAUUCUGACCGAUUGGGUUCUAUACUGCAUGAGAGCUAGUAAUUUAGAAGCCACUGUGAGUUAUGAUUCUGAAGUUUUGAGCAAUUACAAGAGGUUUGAGAGGAUGGCAAUGGUAGGAUUAUGGUGCGUAUCUUCUAAUCCAACUCUUCGACCAUCGAUGGAAAAGGUUGUGGAGAUGUUAGAAGGAAAUGUUGAAGUUGGUGUUCCACCUCUGAUUGAUGCACAAAUGUUUUAA